AUGGGGAACCGUUGCGGUGGUUCAGUUGACGGCGCGUGUGGAACUGGCAAAAUGGCGAUUUCAAUCGAACAAUUAUCAGCUGAAGUGACUACUACGAGAUAUAAAUACACUGACUCCAGUAAAUACAAAGACUAUAAAGGGAAAUUUAAGAGUACCAACAGAGAGAUCGCUGGUUCGACCGAUGGAGCAGAUUUAGAUGAGUUCAGCUUGGACGAUGCCGGCUACGACACCAUUGCCAACAAUGCCAUGCGAGUGCAGAAAAGACUGCACAACGAACAAAACGUGUUUAUCAUCCAACCAUACAUAAAGUGGGGACCGAAAAAGUCUUCCAGCAAAUCAGAACAUCAACUUGCGGAGGCGGAAGCGUUGGUUCGUUCGAUACCCAAAUGGACAGUAGAGUACACCCUGAAAGUUCCGCUGGAAUCGCUAGAUAAAAAGCAUCUUUUUGGCGUUGGGAAACUGGAAGAAAUUAAAAUGUGUUUGCAAAACCUGCAAACUUCUGGAACGUUAAUCACUUGUGUAUUUGUCAGUAAGGGCACUUUGUAUCUGGUGCAAAAGCAAAUACUAGAAGAACAUUUUAAACUUCCCGUAAUGGACCGUUAUUCUGUAGUAAUACAGAUUCUGCGCUUGCAUGCCAUAAGCACUGAAGCUAAACUGCAGGUUGCAAUGGCCGAAAUUCCAUACAUUUGGAAUCAGAUGAAGGAUCAAGACUCUAUCAGUACUAAAAGUCGUAUUUAUCUUACCGAAUCACAAAUGCACAUGCUUAGCAUCCGCGAAAGAAAGCUGAAAAAUGAACUGGCAUCUAUUCGGUCGCAUCGCGAUUUGCUCCGCAAUAGACGCAAACAGAACGCCUAUCCAAUUGUUGCUGUCGUGGGCUACACCAAUGCCGGUAAAAUCUCUCUGAUUAAAGCCUUCACCGAGGAAAAAUCUCUCGAACCGCGGAAUCAGCUAUUUGCCACGUUGGGUGUAACGGCUCAUGCUGGCUGGCUUCCAUGCAAGCUGGAAGUACUCUUUAUGGACACCGUCGGUUUUAUGGCGGAUAUCCCGACGGGACUGAUCUUGCAAGAAAUUGAGCGGCAAAUUCUGGUCGUUACCGGUCGCCAAAAGCUUAUUAUACGCGUUCCUAUGGGCGGCCAAGAGGUGGCUUGGCUAUACAAGAAUGCAGCUGUAACGGAAACGGCUGCGGAUCCUCGGGAUAGUCAGCGGCUGCUGGUCGGAGCGGUGAUUACCGAAGCCAAACUACAACAGUUUCGGCAUCUGUUUGUUUAG